GUACUCGAGUCGACAUCUCGAGAGCAACGGCGAGCACGUCGAGUGCACGGAAGCCUGACUUGGCGACCGGGUCGGGCCUCGGCUCGUCGGCCGAUUUGUCCGAGUCGGCGCGUGGUGGUCCCCCGCACGCGCCUCGCUCCUCCUCCUCCUCCUCUCCCUCUCACCGCAGCGCCAGCACAGCUAGCAUGGCUAUCGACACCGCCACUAUCGACGCUGCUAUCCGCCAGGCCGUCGCCGACCCCUACACCGGCCUCCCGCGCGCCAUCGCCAUCGCCGCGACACGCGACGCCGAGGUCUACCGUGGCUACGGCGGGUGGGCUCAGCUCCCGCACGACCCGGCCAAGCUCGAGGAGGAGGGCGUGCCUAUCGCGGCAGACUCGAUCUACGAGCUCUACAGCAGCACGAAGCUCUGCGGGACCGUCGCCAUGCUUCAGCUCCUCGAGCAGGGCAAGCUCUCGCUCGAUGACGACGCGAGCCAGUUCGUCCCCGAGCUCAAGACGGUCAAGAUCUUCAAGGGCUUCGACGACCAAGGCGAGCUCAUCCUCGAGGACAACGACGCGCCCAUCACGAUCCGCCAGCUCGCGACGCACACCGCCGGCUUCGCCUACUACUUCUACGACCCGCGUAUCCCCAAGGUCGCCGAGAAGCUCGGCAUCCAGACGACGCCGUACAUGAAGGACGGUUCUCGGAACGAUCUCGUCAAGAUGCCUCUCCUUUCCAAGCCCGGCGAGCACUUCAAGUACGGCACGGGCAUCGACUGGCUCACCCUCGUCGUCGAGAAGAUCAGCUCGUUGCCCCUCGAGCAGUACUUCCAGCAGAACAUCUUUGCUCCUCUCGGCAUCACCGACAUCUCGUUCAAGGCCAACCCGUCGCAGAUCAGCAUCGCGCACGCCACUGAGGACGGCAAGUGGCGCUUCGAGACGCCGCCGGCCAUGAACUCCAAGGAGCACUUUGGCGGCGCCGGCCUUAAGGGUUCAGCCCCCUCGUAUCUGCGCAUCCUCCGGGCUCUUCUUCGCGGCGGCGAGCUCGACGGCGCCCGCAUCCUCAAGCCCGAGACGGUCGACCUCAUGUUCGAGGAGCACCUCACGAACGACCAGCAGCGCGCCGACUUUGGCGUGUUCGGCACCAACGACCAGGAGCCCUUUACGCGCAAGGCGGGCAAGCCUCUUCCCGACAUGACGUUUGGGCUCGGCGGUGGCCUGAGCGGCAAGGGCGUCGCGUCGGGCCGAGGCGCGAGGACCCUCACCUGGAGCGGCAUGGCUAACACGUACUGGUGGGUGGACAGGGAGCGAGGCGUGUGCGCCGUCGUGUGGACCAACGUCCUGCCGUUCGGCGCUCAGCAGGUGCAUGAUCUCUGGGAGGUGUUCGAGACGGAGCUGUACAAGGGCCUUUCGGCGUAGAGUCUGACUAGACUUCUGCAAGGAGUGCAUGCGCGUUCUCUCGUG